GUUGGUAGCUCUGCUUUGCUGGACUCGCAAAAUUCAGAACCUCGCUGCUGUCGGUGGUUUCUUGUAUUUGUCACUUGUUGACUUUCUUCCCUUUGAAGAUAUCCUUGAUUUGCAUUGCAUUCGGCCUCAAUCACACAAUACACCCACAUCAUGGACCAGCCUUAUGACGACGGUUUCAUUGAGGAGCAGGAGGAGCAGGAGGAGGAGCGGACAGAGGAGAAGGUGAUCAACGAAGAAUACAAAACAUGGAAGAAAAACGCACCAUUCCUUUACGACAUGAUCCUCAGCACCGCGUUAGAAUGGCCGACUCUUACGACACAAUGGCUGCCCGAUAAGCAAGAGAUUCCGGACAAGCCGUAUUCGACACAUCGCCUGCUGAUUGGCACCCACACGUCGAGCGAUGCACCCAACUAUUUGCAGAUUGCCCAGGUCCAACUUCCGAACCCGAGCGCCCCUAACCCCGAUGACUACGAUGAGGAACGCGGGGAAAUUGGAGGGUAUGGUGGCAGCUCCAAGAAGGCUCCAAUGGAGAUCAAGUUCAACAUUGUGCAGAAGAUCGAUCACAAGGGGGAGGUGAACAAGGCACGAUACCAACCACAGAACCCCAAUGUAAUCGCCACCAUGUGCACCGAUGGACGAGUGAUGAUCUGGGACCGCUCGAAGCACCCUAGCUUGCCCAGUGGAACUGUCAACCCUCAGAUGGAGCUCCUCGGUCACACGCAGGAAGGAUUUGGUUUGAGCUGGAGCCCUCACUCUGCGGGACAUCUGGUUACCGGUAGCGAGGACAAGACUGUUCGCCUUUGGGAUUUGACGACCUUCCAGAAGGGCAACAAAGCGCUCAAGCCCGCCAGAACCUACACCCAUCACACAUCGAUUGUCAAUGAUGUCCAAUACCACCCUCUUCACUCUUCCCUCAUUGGCACGGUGUCUGAUGAUAUCACCCUUCAAAUCCUUGACAUCCGUGAGCCCGAGACGAACCGUGCGGCGGCCGUUGCGGACGGCCAGCAUCGUGAUGCCAUCAACUCGGUCUCCUUCAAUCCCGCUGCUGAAACCGUCCUGGCCACCGGGUCUGCGGACAAAACGAUCGGUCUCUGGGACCUGCGCAACCUCAAAUCGAAGCUUCACUCCCUUGAAGGCCAUAGCGACUCGGUCACAACCAUCUCGUGGCAUCCGUUUGAGGAGUCCGUGUUGGCGAGCGCAAGCUACGAUCGAAAGAUCAUGUUCUGGGAUCUUAGCCGGGCCGGCGAGGAGCAAACCCCCGAGGAUGCACAGGAUGGGCCACCUGAGCUUCUCUUCAUGCAUGGCGGCCACACUAACCGGAUCUCCGAUUUCACCUGGAACCUUAAUGACCCAUGGGUCCUCUGUUCGGCUGCCGAAGACAACCUUCUACAGGUCUGGAAGGUCGCUGAUGCGAUUGUCGGUAAGGAUUUGGAGGACGUGCCGACCGAAGAGCUGGAGCCAUAAGAUAGUCUUCGAUGGAGAGGCGUUGAAAGGAUUUGAUGCAUAUGCCAUGGUUGGACUUGUUUACUGUAUGAAUGUAUUGCAAAAAUGAUUUCUAUACCAAAAAUACGGUUUUUCCUAUGUCGAUGUAGACAUCUUGCUAUACAGCUCGGAGGUUAU